CUUGCCUGAGAAGGGCCUAUGGCACUUCUAUCAAAUGUUUGGACAGAGUGGGAUAUAGGUUGCUGUGACCCCACAGACAACGUUGUGAAGAAAAUUCCACAAAUCGCUUUUUUGUCCAUUUACUCUGUGUUCAGUGCGUAAAAAUGCAGCUAGUGAUCACAAAUGAGAGGCAUGCCUUCCAAUUUACAUCAUCAGGUCCAGCAUCAUGAGAAUAAAUGAGGACACGCUGUUGGAAGGACAGAAUGUCGUGUUGGUGCCCUACAACGAGAAUCAUGUUCCCAGGUAUCAUCAGUGGAUGAGCUCCUCCGAGUUGCAGAAGCUGACGGCCUCCGAGCCCCUCACUCUGGAACAGGAGUACGAUAUGCAGAGGAGCUGGAGGGAAGAUGACGACAAGUGCACUUUCAUCAUCCUCGACAAGCAGCGGUGGGCCAGCCCUUCGGUACCAGAGGAGGACUGCAUGGUUGGAGACGUCAACAUUUUCCUGACCGAUCCGGAGGACCCUUCUCUCGGAGAGUUUGAGAUCAUGAUCGCAGAACCCAGCUACAGAGGCAGGGGGUUCGGCAAGGAGGUCACUCGCAUGAUGAUGUGCUAUGGGGUCACCAAGCUUGGAAUUCGCAAAUUUGAAGCCAAAAUUGGAAUGGACAACAACGUGAGCAUCGCCCUGUUCAAGAAAUUUCAGUUUCAGGAGGUGUCCUCGAGCGAGGUUUUCCACGAGGUGACACUACAGCUGACAAUAGACAAAGAGCAGGAGAAGCAGCUCCUCGGCAACCUGGACUUCAUGCAGGAGAAAGACUACAAGAAAGCAAGGGCUCGGCGGCUGGGGGAAGAGUCCUCCAUUGACUGAGGACACCGUCGACGUGCAGAAGCCCCGUUUUCAAACCCGGAAGCCCAUUUUGUAUAUAUUAGCAUUCCGGUUUGAGAACCAGUGGGGUCACGUUUUCCAGUAGAGCUGGGCCUAAAAGCCUUCUACAGGUGACCGAGCAGACACUGCUGUAUAUAAACCCGCCCUGCCUGCCACUGCCUUCCAUGACUAAAUGGUUCAUAACACACUGGUUAAAAUAACUAGCAAUCACACUGAUGUUCAACGGCACACAGGACACACAACAGAAUAACAAAUGUCACUCGAUACUGAAUGCCAGAUACGUUCUUCCCCUGUUUAGGAAUAGUGCGAAUAAGUCUACGUUUAUAAUGUCGAGUCUACGUAUAGUACGUUUACAGUACGAACAUGGUAUUCCUGUCUUUCUCCAUUCUUCCCGUUUGCUAGAGGGGAAGGGCCUGGGAGCUAGGCAGUAUAAGGUGGAGGGGACUAAGUCAAAACAGAACUAAAUAUUUAUUGGAUAAACAAUAUCACUAUGCGAGAGGUUCAAAGACAGGCUUCACAAUAUAGCUAUACACCACCAAACAGACUGGGUCUCUACACACUGCAAGAGCAACUUGAAUAGGAAGCUGAAGCUGUGCUCUGCCUCCAAAUCCCAUGCCAGACUUCCACCAGAAUCACCUUCAGCUGGUAGCAGUAAGGAUAACGGAUUCUGGGACUGCAUACCACAUUUCAGCAGUUCUAUGCAUUUUCCAUAGCAGUGAGAGGGAUAAUUCUAAGCAGGAAAGUAACGGACGUCUGUCUCAUUUUCCUCAAGCCAACCAGCUGUUCUUUUUGGUCAGUGAGUACAACAGAUGUAGAAUUGUGUAUGUGAAUUACCGUAAAAAAAGCUCAUUCAUCUGGAAAAUAUAACAAGUGAAUUAGAUCUAAUUAGUACUUGUGCACAAUGUUGGAGCUGCUAAAUUCUCUUUAACAUCCUCUAACAUUUUGAGUUCUAUUUUCUGCCCCAUCCUGCUUUUUUUAAAAAACUUUUUAAAUGGGAAUAAAAAAACCUACAAACCAAAGCAUCCAAUACACUGUAAGACUGGUUUCCGUAAAUGUUGGAAUGCAUCUUAAUCUGCAGAGAUGAACAGUUGCAUAUUAAGACAUUGAUGCUUAGGACAAACCAUCUAAAUCAUGCUGUUGAACCUGUUUCCCUGAGUUUCUUUAAUGCUUCAAUGUUGAUGCUAGAUCUGAAAACUACAAGUAAUGUAACAAUGAAGCUGGUCCAAAUGGUAUUCUCUGCUCUGUAACCUUUCUUAUUGUACAUUUCAGAAUCUGUAAUUGUUACUUUUUUAGCCUGAAAUUAAUUAUAAAAUAAGUUGUCUGAGUUUCCAAGUUUAUAUCUGCGUUACUUCAUAUUUUUGUAUAGAUGCCUAAUCUAUAGAGCUGCCUGUACAGUAGUUCUCCAGUGUCUCACAUAAGGGAGUCAUUUUAAUGAUCACUACAGGCAACAAAGAAGCUAUUUUUAAUUCAUAGGCAGGGAGGCCCAAUGAGUUCCCAGGUCCUGCUAGUUAUCCAGCCAUCUCUAGUGCCAAAGAAUGGGGAAGGAAACCAAUGGAUUCUGUAAAUUCAGAAUUUUGAAGUCUAGAUGACAUGGUAUGGUGUGCAUUUAACUGAUUAUGGUGAAAAUAAACUUAGCCUUACAAUUUUCU